AUGGGCAGAGAUGGACUGGCGGGGGCGGGGGCGGGGGCCCAGCUGGGGGGGGCGGACCCAGCCCCCCCGGUGGAUGAGCGCAGGACUCCCCGCGGCCGCUGGGCUGCUCCGCCCGCGCCCCCGCCGGGGCCGGGUUACGCGAGCGGCUCCGCGCCCGAGAAGCGGCAGCGUCUGCUGGGCUCCCGCCCCUGGCCCCGCCCCGCUGCCGGCCGCGGAGGAGGCGGCGGCGGCCCGGCCAUAAAGCAAGUUUUGUCUCCGCUGCUCCAGCCGCUGCGGCGCCCCGCGAGGAGGCGGCGAGAGCCCGAGCCCGAGCCCGAGCCAUGGCCGCGGCUGCCCCCGGGCCGGAGCGGGGAGGCAGCGCGGCCAGAGCAGCCCAGUAACCGCCCGGCCGCAGCGCCGGCGCCUUCGCUCCGCCUGCCCGGCCGCGUCCGCGGCGCUGCCGGGCUCGGGGGCCCGGCACCAUGUGGGGCAGCAGGAUCCUCCCUGAGCUCGGGGACGGCGGCGGCUUGCGCAGCUACAAAGCCGCCUCCACAGAUUAGAAGAGCUUCUCAGAUAUCUCGCUUUCUGAACCAUGUCAAUGCAAACGCGAUGAUUCCACUGCACGAUGACCUACAGAACCUGCCAAAGACAAGAUUAAAAUCCCACAACCCUCUAUGGAACCGUAUCAAGACCCUUACACCCAACUUCAGUGCUUAGGCUCAAUGGAGAGUCACAUGGAGCAUUUCAACUGCUCAAAACAAACAGCUCAUUGAUCCUGUUGGUGAAUUUACCGGAUUUAUGUCAGAAAGACUAGUGCAGAUUGAAUUGCAUAAGGGCAUCUCAUGGGAGACAUGGACACGCCCUCUUUAAAUGGAAAUGAGGCAAACACCUCUAUGCAACUGUGGUCACCAGGCACAAAUGAUGGAGCACAUCAUAUCUGAGGGUCCCCUUUGUUCUUUUGCCAGGGGCCUGAAGGACAUUCACCAGUUCACAGCUGUGGCAAUGUGCUGGCUAUCAAACUCAGAUAUAAAUUUGUAGUUGUUGCUACCUACUCAAGCCAUACAAAAAAACAAGUUUUCCCAUGCUGCACCACAAACCAAGGGCUGGAGCAGCCUCAUUUUGGGAGUGUGCUAGGAAAUCUGGGAUAUGGGUGGUUGGACUCGGGGCUGCAUAAUGCAGUUUAGACCCUGGAUCCCCAGGUUGGGGACCCAGAGUUCAAUUCCUAACCUGGGGUUACAAAUGAGUGUAAAAUGUUCAAGCCCUAGGUUAGCAAACCCAGGGUCUGCUAACUUGAGUUCUACUCUCCCUGAGCUUAUGUUGCGUUGUAAACAUACCCACUGUGUCUGCACUGGGAAGUCAUUUGGUUUAGGCUAAACUUAAACUGAAUGUUCUUUUUCUGUGUUUGAAUCAAUCGUCAGGUGUCCCUUCAUCCAUGAAUGGAUGAAGGGUUUACUCAUGUUUGUUCAGCAAAUCUCAGUUCUGAUAAUCUUUAUCUCAACAGUGUCUGCAAUAUUCUAUAAAUUGCUUCACUGUCUGUCUGAUUUCCAUCCUCCUUUUCCACCCCCUCCCCCUCAGUAGUGUUCUUUUGGGAUAAACUGAGUUGAAGAAAAAGGGACUUUGCAUUUCAUAUAAUAUAAGAAGCAAAUGUAUAGAUUGGCACAACACAGAAUUACAGAAGCAUGGUUGGUUAGAAAGUGAACAGAAGAUAAAGGUGAAGUGUAACCUUUGAGUUCUGAUUCUGAAAAAAUAUUUCCAUCACAGACUGAAGAAACUGCUGUAGUUAAGUGUGUCCAUAAAUAGUAUUGGGUAGCAAAUGAAAGGAGUGUAGUUAGAGGUGCACAACCAUUCUGAUUCAACAUUGGUAAUGAAUGCCAAUGUACUUUGCUGUUAGCAGAUCUGAUAUUGUUUGU